AUGGCGAGCGAUCGCACCUCGUUCUCAAUACACAACAUUCUGAAUCGAGGGCUUGAUGCUCAGAAAAAUAUUCAGCAGUCCCAGGAAUACAGUCAGAAACUUGGGAACGAUGAGUUUUUCGGGAGGACAAAGAGAAUAAACAGUCCCGGAUCUGCUAAGUCUCAUGAGGGUUUUGAGACUGGAAGCAGAAAUGGAAGCACUGUGUACGGACAUAGCAGGGCUGCUUCGUGUGAGCUCGAUCUGGAUACAACAUCGGACCGACAGUCAUGCGGAGAGGAAUCUACAGGAGAGGAUUUAUCACAUACAGAAAACAGACAAAAUUUGGAUCGGGAAAAGUCAGAGAGCUGUAGUUUCACCGAUCAUCAUUCCAAAGCCGGUAAGAAGAGAUGCCGCGCCGCUUUCUCUCAUGCUCAGGUGUGUGAGCUGGAACGCCGCUUUAACCUGCAGCGCUACCUGUCUGGGCCGGAGCGUGCGCACCUGGCUGGAGCGCUCAAACUAACCGAGACUCAGGUAAAGAUCUGGUUCCAGAACCGGAGAUACAAAACCAAACGGCGACAGAUGGCGGCUGAGAUCGCUGCUACCUCGGCAGCCACGCUGGCUAAACGAGUGGCGGUGAGGGUGCUGGUGAAGGACAACCAGAGGCAGUAUGGACCGGAUGAUUUACACCCGUCCCAUUGCAUGCGUCUUCAUCAGUCAUAUCAGUGCUGUCCUCCUUACUUGUAUUAUGUUCAGCCUUGGAUCUCCAGCACCUCGCUAAACGGAGGACUGUAUUGAUGUUUUUAAAAACUACCAGUUCUACAGGUUUAAGGACAUAAAAGAGCACGUACACCAUCAAUGGAGGGAGCUAAAUGGUUGAAGACUUGUAUUACAAAAUCAGCCUGGACAGUGCCUUUUGGUUUUGUUUUAAUGUUAAUGAUAGAGAGGCUUAUUUUAGAGAUGCAAGUAGUGCCUGUUUUUCGUAUGUGAAAAUAAUUGAUAUAACCGCAUAUGAUAGGCCUUCUAUGAUACAUUGUUCAAUAGUGUAUUCUUUACCAUGUAUCAUAUAAUAUGUU